AUGGACAACGGCGGCGGCGACCAGUCUCUGUUCCCGGCGGAAAAAUGCCCACAAGUCACCGACGAAGCAUUCAACCUGUUUCACGCCAUAGACAGAGAGCUCUACACCCGGUUGAUACACAAUCUGGGCCGUGACCCGGCCGGUUCGGUUCAAGUUAUGGCCUUCUGGAUAUGGUUAGAGAGAGAAACUAACGACAUGAAUCUCAUCAAGAGGAUGCUCUCCCUUCCGCCGGCUCUCCUCAACGAAGCCGCCGACGAGACGGACACCUGUCUCAAGUGCGUCGAGACCGACGUGUUCCCCUUCGGGGAACAUCAUGCGAACGAGGUUUCCCUCCUGUCGGGCCUUCUCACCACCCCCAUCGUCAACCUCCGCUUCCUCCACGACCACCGCAUCGCGGUCCUCCGCGGUGUCACUAGAGUCAUCAACACCGUCUGCUCCCGUGCCUUCAGCGACAUCCUCCGCCCCACCUGGCGCGGCGGCGGUGGUGGUGGUGUUCGUGAAGUCGGGGAGUCGAGCAGGGAUGCGGCGGCGGCGGCGCCGCUGAUGAUGCGGAGGAUGUUGUUCCAUCCUCCUCACUUGAACGUGCCGUUUGUGCCGCUUCCGCCGCCGCAUGUUCUGACACCGGGAUCCCACGGCGGGGGCCCUCCUCCUCCUCCGGGGUUGGUGGCGGCGGAUGCCGUCGGGAUACCGAUUCACAUGCUGGGGGCGGCGGGGAGUUUUCCGGUGUACGAUUUGGCGGCGCAGAGGCAAUUGAUGGGCAGCGAACUGGGAGAAAUGCUGAGCAGGAACUUGACUAUAAAUAGCCCCAGAGAAACCACUAACGCCGUCAACUUUAACGGAGGAGUAGCCGUCGGAAAUGACGGAGAGGAAGAAGUGGGCCCGGAUGACAGGACAAUUUUCUUGACAUUCUCUAAAGGGUACCCCAUCACGGAGGAUGAAGUUAGAGAAUUCUUCACUAGGAGAUUUGGGGAUUUCAUAGAGGAUAUGAUAAUGCAAGAAGUAGGGGAAGAGGAGCAAGUUCUAUACGCGAGGAUGGUGUCGAGAUCAACGGCUGUGAUCGAAGCAAUCGUCAGAGGGAACAAAGCGAAGUACUCUAUAAACGGAAAACACGUUUGGGCCCGAAAAUAUGUCAAAAAAUCCACGUCGUCUUCGUCACCUCCAAGAGGUGAUCAUAUUGCUAAUUCUUCUUCGUCCGGACAAGCGGGUGCAGCAGUUGCCACCGGUUCUCCUUCGUCGCAAUUUUCUUGAUUUUUCGUGUG